AUGCUGCGUCGAAGCAAACGAAUUGCUGAAAUUGAAAAAAGAAAAAACCAACCAGAGGAUCUCACCAAAAAACCAAAGCUCUCGGAGGAACUAAUCCAGCGAGAAAUUGAAGAACUGAAUGCGAAUAUAGUCAAUCAUGAGAAUAACACGAGAAGAACAGAUGAUCGUUGGGCCACUGAAAAGACUGAAAAUGAUGUGUUAAGAUUGAGAAUCCACGUGUCAGAGAUGAGUACCAGAAGAGCGAAGCAUCAGACUUCUGAAGUGAAAAUCACGUUGAAAAAGACGACGAAAGAAGCUGGAUCUCUGAAGAAAAAAAUAGGUGAAAUGUUAGAAGAACUUGAGAAUUUCAAGGAUUUCGAUGAAGCAAUCACUAAAGCAAAGAAGGAAACUUCAUCGAAUAGACAGAAAUGGAUGGAAGAAAUUGAGAAGAUUCAAGAAAAACAAGAGGAAAAAAAUGGAGGUCCGAUUGAGUGGAAGAUGUGCGAAAUCUGUGCUUUCGAGUAUUCUGAGGAGGAAAAAAAAGUUCCAAGAGUUUUGAAUUGCGGCCACACUAUCUGUACUGAGUGUGCUGGAAACUUUAUUAUGAAUACCUUCAACAAUCAUAAUACAAUCCGUUGUCCAUUCGAUCGUCAAAUGACACAACUCAGAAGUGGAGGAGUUUACGGACUGCCGAGGAACUGUGCUUUAGUGAACUUAUAG